GUUAUAAAAAGUGGAAAUCCAGUAAAAUCUCCUGAAGAAGGUUAUAAUCGGGUCAAGGAAAGUCAAAAAGGGCUAUUUGCGUUUAUCAGUGAUGCCAGUGAAAUAAAAUAUCAAUACUACACUAACUGUGAGUUCCUUGAGAUAGGAGAACCCUUCGCUGAGCAACCUCUAGCAAUUGCAGUACAAGAGGGAAGCAGUCUCUCUAAAGAGUUGUCUCAGGUAGUUCUAGGUCUGCAGAAAGACCGAUUCUUUGAAAAGGUUCAUUCAAAAUUCUGGAAUAUUGGGCAGCGACAGGCGUGUCCGGUCAUGAAUGAUAAUCAGGGAAUCACGCUUGAGUCUCUCGGAGGUAUAUUCCUAACUACCCUGGUAGGACUAGCUCUCUCUGUACUCAUGUUAAUAUACGAGAUUUAUCAGGAGAAAAAAGAGGAACAAAUAGCCAAGAUUCAACCGAUGUUGUUUAAAAAUAGACAAGAUGAAAAGAUGUAUGGGGAUCUGGAUAAGCCGACCUAUACGCUCAGUGGAGAUAUGACCAGAAAACUUAGGAGUAGCCGAAAACUAGCAGAUGUGGACUAAGAUGUCGACUUAAUCCAGGAAAAAUUGAAAAUGUCAACUGACUCAAAGAAAAUUUGAACAUGUCAUCUGAAUCAAGGAAAAUUUGAAAAUGUCGAUUAAAUCAGACAGAUAUUUAAGAAUGUUGACCUAAAGUUAAAUCAGGAAAAACAUUGAAAAGACAUUUGAAUUUUAUUACAAAAUGUAUUUUUAUUAAAAUCUAAUUAAUAAAUUUCAUAUUAAUUUUUUAA